AUGAAAAAAUCUGUUCAGUUUCGUUGGUUUGUUGUUCAUCUUGCAAUAGCUGACUGCCUUUACGCUGUUGUAUCCCCUAUAUAUUUCAUAUACACACAGGCAACAAAUAACACUUGGAAUAUUGGUAAAGAAUUAUGCAAAAUAUUAACCGUCUCCGGACCGCUUUCAGUAAAUGUUAGUGCGUGGGUGUUGUGUCUAAUGGGAUACGAAAGAUAUCGAGCAAUAUGUCAUCCAUUUGCUAGACGGUUUUCAAGAAAAGUUAUACAUAUUUCAGUUGUGAUCAUCUGGAUUGCUUGCAUGGGAUUAAAAACUCUUAUUUUUAUUAGAACUAAUGUCUUAAAAAACGAGUGUUAUACAGAUUUUUAUAAUGAAAUGGAACAAACAAUAAGUGCAUUAGUGUCACUUUUAGUUGAAAGUGUUAUACCAAUUAUUUUUUUAUCUUACUAUUUAGUGCGAGUAACCAUAACUAUGCGAAAAAGAUCAAAUUUUUUUGAAAUGAAUGACAAUAACUCCAUGUCUAUUAAAAAAAAAUCUAAAAAAACUUCAAAUUCUUUUAAUUCAAAUGAAAUAGGUUCAAAAACAUACGUAGAUGAGAUUUCUCUUAGUAAAAAGAAAAGUUCAAAAAACUUUCUUAAAGCAUCGUUUUGUUUCAACAACAUUUGUACAAAAAGAAAAUCUAUCACAGAGAUUGAAAUGGUUGAGCAUAAUGCAGAAAAUCCUGAAACUUUAAAGAAGACAAAAACUUCAAAGCGGUUGAGUUUCAGAAGGAUUAAGUAUUCUGUAACUAACUACGUAACGAGGAAAAGUACGUUAACUAAAGCAGAUCGUGAGACCGUUAUUGUUUUCAUAUUAGCUGUUUUUAUGUUUAUAUUAACAACAUUACCUUGCAAUGUAAAUUAUUUUGUGUCAUGCUAUCUAUUCAGUUUUCAUUUUAAUAAAGAACAAAUUUUAAAAUAUGGUCCUAUAAUGUACAGUGUUAAUGAUUGGCUUGGUUUACUUGUACUCUCAGGAAGUCUUUCAAAUGUGAUUAUUUAUAGUGGAAGGUUCUCCGAAUUUCGUCAUCAAGUUUAUAUAUGGGCCAACAAUGUUGUUGCAAAAUUAUUAAAAGUUAGAUUGAUUUCAGAAAGAUGA